ACAAGAGUUGUGUGUGCUGAAUUUUUUUGUACGCUAAAUAGCACAUAAAGGUGGUUUAUUUGCAAAAUAAAAUAAUAAUGUUGGUGCAGUUGAACUCGUAAGGGUUGUGGUCAGUGUUUUCAAUUGGAUUUAGGCAGUGUUAGGUGGUUUUGCGUAGGCCUAUUCAAUUGCAGAUCUAUAUAUUUUUUUUUCGUCCGAGUGGUGGAACAUAAACAUGGCUACUAUAAUACACAUAUCUAGAAAAUGUAAGAACGAUUGUUAAUGGGUGCACUUUUGAACUGCAUAUGCCUGAUGAUUACGGCCAACAACAUGAUUCUGUGUCGCCCAGGUGAGAAUCGGGACGUAAGCCCCCCAUCGUUUGAGAGCUUCCUUUAACCUUUGCGUCCGCAAAUACUGUCAACAGUUGUUUACCACUUUAGCCUACUUUAACAUUAUCCAGCUAUUGUACCAUGCAUCCCGAUUUCCCGAAUGGAAAACCUAUCGCUCCGAAUAUCUCCAUACGAAACUCGUCGCAACUGCUCUGCAAUGGGCUGUGUCUGCAUGUCAGGCCUUAGUCUGGGCAAGCGAUGAACCUAUUUGGCUGUCUAUUUCCAUGUGCACUGCAGCACAGCUGGUGGGGUGUGGGAAGUGAGCAGUGCAUGACUGAAGAAUUUGUACACAGAAUGGGUGUAAACGCAUCAUCUGCAUCUGCUGGUGAGCAAGCGGGAAUACCAGGGGCUAUUCCUUUGACUGAUCCUCCAUCAGCAGUUUACAGAGAAACGAUGGGGGUCAUAGUGCGCGAGAGGAAAAAGAAGGUCACUGGAUUCGCGACGCUCAAGAAGAAGCUGAUUCGUCGUCGCCGAUCCUCCAAGGCGUGCGACCAUGGAAGGAUGCUGAGGGAAUUGGUAUCCGAUUGGACCCCACUCGAGAUCGCCGCUCUGCUAGAGGAGUACGAGGCUUUGGCUGCACUGAAGGAUCUCUGCGUUCAGGCCGAACUGGCCAGACCGCCAGCAGCCACGUUCAAACAGGACUUGUCCGCACUCUACGACUUCAAGUAUUGCACAGAUGCUGAUCUGGUGUACAGAGGAGCAUGUUUCCCAAUACAUAGGGCUUUACUGUCGGCACGUUGUCCUUAUUUCCGAGAUCUCUUAGCCGGAUGUCCGGGAUAUGGCGCCAGAAUCUGCUUGGAGCUGAGAACGGCCACCGUCGACGUGCAGCUCUUCUCAGCGUUGUUACGCUAUUUGUACACUGGCGACAUUUGCCCCCAUGACACAAACAUCGACAUGAAUCUGUUGAGAAGACUGCGCGAAGAAUUUGGCACGCCAAAUGCAUUGGAAACCGAUUUGAGCUAUUUACUCGAGACCGGUGACUACGCCGAUGCUGCUUUGGUAUUUACUUCAGACGGCACAGACUGCCAGAGGCCCGACUCCGGAAACUCAGAGUACGGAUUCAGGCCUAAACUCGAACUGCCAUGCCACAAGGCUAUAUUAUCUGCUAGAUCUCCGUUUUUCCGAAACCUUUUGCAGAGACGAUCUCGAAGCGGCGAAGAGCAUACAGAGAGGGCGCUACAUAUUCCAACUCGUAUUGUGUUAGAUGAGAGCGUCAUUCCUAAACGGUAUGCGCGGGUUUUACUCAAUGCCGUUUACUUAGAUCAAGUCGAUUUAUCGUAUAUAUCACGUGGAGGCUGUGGAGGAGGACUCGGUGAGGCUCAGGCUUUGGCACACACCGGAAGAGUCCGACCUUCUCCGCUCGAAGAGGCUAUGGAAUUGUACCAGAUUGGUAGAUUCCUCGAGUUGGACAUACUUGCACAAGGCUGUGAGGAUCUCAUUUUAGACUGGUUGUCUUUAGAAACAUUACCUACAGUUUUGCAAUGGUCACGUCAACCACACGGAUCUGCUUGGGUUCAUAGACAGGCUUUGCACUUCUUGCGCGAAGAGUUUCAACCCGUGGCGCAAUCAUCUGUCCUUCAUCAGUUGGACAAAAUCCACUUGGCGGAAGUCUUGAAGAGUCCGUUUCUACAGGCUUCCGAGCUGGAAGUACUUCAUGCAGUAUUAAAAUGGGGCGAAAAUGAGCUAGUCAGACGUAUGGAAGAUAGAGAGCCCAAUUUGUUAAAUCACACCGCGCAUUCGGUAACCAGAAAAGGGGUCAAGAAGCGCGAUCUGAGCGAUGUCGAGUUACGAGAAAUAUUGUCGGAUCUACUGCCUCUGGUGCGAAUGGAUCAUGUUUUGCCACCAAACAGCGACAUCUUGAACCAGGCCAUCCGCAGAGGAUUGGUGAGCACUCCGCCAAGCCACAUGAUUGGUGGCGAACGCGAGAACAUGAGGGUGAAUGCCUGGAUUCGAAGCACUAAGAAUAACGGUUUGUUCGUACAACCUAGACUGUUCAUGCCGUACUACGAGGAAGUGAAGGUCCUCUUAGAAGAUCAGCUAGUGCAAGAAGUGGAAAUCAUGAGGUUGAGGAGGGUAAGAUACAUACAGGACAUUCCAGACACUUUGUAUAUGGUCGAGGAGAAGCCAAGGCCUGCUCACGGGCCUGCUGGCGUAGAUGUGCUGGCUUCCAUAAUACCAGUACCUGAUCCGGCAAUCAUGAACGCUAUGCUGAAACGCGAGCAGAAGCUGCGACAGAGUCCAGGUUGUCAGAGAGCAUUGAAUAUGCCAUUGUCUUCACGGCAUGAAAUUAGCAGACAGAUACGUUUACGCGUCGUUAGGGAAUUCAACCUUCCAGAUCCAGUGGCCGAUAUGUUGGAAAAUUGCUUCUGUGUACCGGAACCAGCGGAGAACGAGCUACCGCCUGCACCUUCAAACGAAUCUCAACCAUCGCCUAGUAAGAGCCGCAACAGGAACUGUUAUGGUAGGAACAUGACAUUUCCGAGACAGGGGACCUACUCUCAACGACACGAAUUGCCAGCUAUUGUACCUGAAGGCGAAUUCCGUUUCAUAAACGAACCGGAGAGCAGUUCCUGCAGUGACGGUCAUCUCUCGGACAUCAUGCCGGAUGUAGCAAUGGCGACAUCAACUCUUGGACAGAUCCAAUUACAGGAACAACAGGAGAUGGAAUUGGAUUUAGGCGAUGGAACGGCCCACAUGCACGCAUCACUCGGCGGUUCGCAGGUUCUUCCGAACCCGAUGCUUCAUCCAGUUUCGUACAGACGGUAUCCGCCAAACACUUAUCCACAUCAUCGACCAGAUUCUCAGCCCUAUCAUCCCAUGCCCAGAUUCUUAUAGUAAGUAAGCUCUAAGUCAAAUUUCAAACUGAGGAAAUUCUCACAAUUCCGCAUUUAUCACUUGAUUUCAUUCCUCCAGGACCCAAACAUAUACUGGCAUAGGUGUUUCUUCUAAAUCUAUUUUCUUAUCUUCUCUAAUGAGCUAAAAUACAUAAUUCAAUGUUUAACGUUUCCCCCAGAACCACAAGCAUAUAUACACUGAUGAAUUUAAGUGUUCACUUCAAAGAUAAUAUAUUAAUUAAUGAUGAACAAAAAAAAACUUAAAAAUAAUAAUUAAAUACAUUAUAAUA